AUGUCUCCUCCGAAAACCGAGUUCGACGUAAAGGAAAUCGCGUCCAGGGGUGGAGAAAAAGCUGGAGAUGCAAUACGGACUGACCAAGCAGCCACCAACGGCUGGAAUUCCCUUCAGGAAAAUUCGAUGAGAAGCUUCGAUACAAUAAUCGAAGGACAUAGCGACCUGGCCAGAGAUUCGGAUAAAGACAGCCACUUCUACAGUGAGCAAACAGGUGGAGACUGGGAAUCAACAUCGCAGCUCCUACACAAUGAUGGUGGCUUUCAUUCACCAAGUGGCUUCAGCAGCUCAUCUGCUACCAUAUAUGCUAGCAUGGAUUCGACAGCAUCGGACUCGGCAACUCACUUAUCAACGGAAACGGUUGAAUCAUUCCAAAUCGAACACCCCAAAACGAAAAGAACGAUUCAAAUGACGGAGGCGGAUAGAGUUACCGAUAUCACUGAGCAAAACCUACGGCCCUUGAAGCAGACAAGAAGAGAAUGCUCGCAAACAAUCGAAAUAGUUAAACUUGCAUGUCCUUAUCGCCAAAGGGACCCUAAAAUGUACAACACCACGUCCGAAAAGGUUUGUGCGCGGUCAGAGCAUCUUUACCGCUGUCAUCGUGCUCCUAUUCAUUGCAAAAGAUGCUCUAAGCUCUUCAAGAACGAAGCCGAACUUGUAUCACAUGCGUCAGGCGCCGUUGCUUGCGAAUUUCAAUAUGUUCCUCCUAUUGGAAUGACAAGAGACACAGAAACAAUUUUGCGAAAACGAAAAAAAGGGCAAGGUGUGGUAUCCUCAUCUCAAUCCGUGGAGGCUGAAAUUGAAAAGUGGAAAGAGAUAUACAGAAUUCUAUUUCCCGCCGCACAAGAAAUCCCUAAUCCCAUAUUCGAGCCUGCUCUGGACGAGAUAACAGCAUCUCAACUUAUUGCAGUUUUAGAGAAAUAUGAUCAUUACAGCCGACGAGAGUUACCGGCAGUCAUUAUUUCCGCCCUCCAAAGGAAUUCUCGGGUAUUUGUUACCUCAGGAUUCUUGGGCGAUGAUUUCAAAGACAUUGUCUUAGACAGCCAAUCAAAAGUCUUCGGACAAUACCUCAAAACGCUUGAAACUCAACAACCUGGUGGCGAGUAUAGUCUGGCGGCGUACAACAACCCAGGUACGGGAUCCACGAUGACUAGCAGAGCAGCACUUGAUAAUUAUCUUUCCGAAGAUUGGUCGGGCAUGACAGAACUUCCGUCAGAUGGUACUUCGCUCGUAUACAUCCCCCAAGACGCGUCAUACUUUACGAAUAAUUCGGAAAAUUACAUAAAACCUCUGGGAGAGUCAGACUUUGUGGGAGAUUUGCUGCAAUUCGAUAAAGGCACAGAUUUCAGCAACGAUUGA